UAUCUUAUCAAAGAGGAGAAGGAUGUCAAUAAUUUGUUGAAGCAUUUUGAAGUUCUUGGGGACGAUAUCAACCGAACCAAAGACAGCAUUUCAAAAGAAAACUACUCCAAACGAAGUCAACCUCAUAAAGUCCCACCAGCACCGUCUUCUAACCCAGUUGGCCUUGCCUGGAAAUUGGAUGCUUUAGUGAAAAACAUCAAGGCUAUCUUGCGAAUUACACCAACGAAUAAAAAUGCUUUGGAAAGCGCUCUCCGAUUGCCUUUCAGGGACAAGUUAUUGCUACUGAGCGCUGUUGUAGAGCAAUUGCUAAGUAAUAAUGCGCCCAUCAACGACCGCAACAAUACUUUAGAAACGGUGAUCAAUAUUCUACGAGAAGCCAGGCCGGAAGACAAGGACUUUAAUGACAUACCAAAGCCCUUCCAUCAUUACGCUGGCCAUCAAUUCCGUAGCGCUGAUGGCAGUGGUAACAGUCUUCUUUUCCCUGAUGUGGGCAAGGCAGGAACCUAUUAUUCAAAGACGGUAUUUAACUCUACCCGAGACGUGAUGAUGCCAUUGCCGGAUCCCAAGGAAUUAUUUGAUAGACUACUGAGACGCCCAGAAGGUGUUUUUAGGAAGCAUCCUGAAAAUUUCAACAUGUUGUUGUUCCACUUUGGUACUUUGCUCACACAUGAUUUCUUUCAUACCGACCCAAAAAAUCCUGCCAUCAAUUUGACGACCAGUUACAUAGAUAUGUCCUUCUUAUACGGAACGAGUCGAGAAGCACAAGAAUCUGUACGGCAAAUGAAAGGGGGUCUCUUAAAACCAGAUCAAUGGUGGGAUAGACGCUUUCUUUUACAACCUCCGGGCGUGAGUGCAUUGCUGGUCAUGUUUUCGCGAAACCACAACUAUAUUGCGCGAAAGCUAUUGGAGCACAAUGAAAACGGAAGAUUCUCGUAUGGACCCAAAAAGGCGUUGUGCUCGCCAGAAGAACAAGAUGAAGAGCUGUUUCAGACAGCUAGGAUCAUCAACAACGCAUGCUACCUGCGAGUCAUUACGCACGAUUAUGUUCGAAAUAUCGUUGGGUCCAAAUCGAGUGCGAGCUUUGUGUUUAUUGACACGGAAACCUCUCCCACUGACCCACUUUACGGCAAUGCAGUCUCUUUUGAGUUUAAUAUAGUGUAUCGUUGGCAUGCUGCUAUCGGACAAGAGGACACACAGUGGUUAAACAAGGUCUAUAAAGUCCUUUAUCACAGUCAUGCACAAAGAGACGCUACAUCCUGUAACAAACUAGCCACCAAGGAUGACCUCUUUGACAAUAUGCUGCAAUUAUUAAAUCGAGAAAUGAUCCAUGCCACUCCUAAGGAAUUAGAGCGAGGGUAUCCUAUUGUUGGUACACAUCGUCGUGACGACGGUACAUUCCCUGACACUGAUCUUGUCACGUUUUUAAAGAAUGACUACCAUCAGAUGGCUUCUGAGCUGGGAAAUGGACGCAAUAUCCCCGCUGCUUUGGAGCAUGUAGAAAUUGCUGGUAUUCUGCAGGCACGCAAAUUAAACCUGUGCACGUUUAACGAUUUCAGAAGACAUUUCAACUUGAUGGCUUUGAGAACGUUCGAAGACUUUUCAGAGAAUGUUGAGGUUCAAAAAGCAUUGGAAGAAUUGUAUGGCACCCCAGAGAAUGUGGAGCUUUAUGUGGGUCUUUUGAUUGAACGAGCACGGCCUUCUGGCAUCCAUUUUCCAUAUACAAUGGGAAGGGCUAUCCUGACGGAUGCUGCUAACAUUGUAAAGAACGAUCGACACUUUAUGAAAGAAUUGACGCCUAUCAAUUUGACAAACUGGGGUUACAAGUAUGCAGCGGGAGACCCUAAGGAUUACGAUCGAAUGCUUCCUACUCUACUCACGACGCUUUUCCCUCAUGCUGCUCCUGGUGUUGUUUUCUCUGGGGAUGCCCUUAAGGAACCUUUCAAGGUACCCACUCAUUAA